GAUUGGUGAAGCUGGUUUUCCAGCGCACCUGUUGUGUGAUUGCCUACCCGAUAGAGCGAGGCAUAAUUACAAACAUAAUUGUACACGACUCUGUCUCAUAUCUUGAAAGAGUUCAGAUGUGGAGGUCAUCGAUUUGAAAGUAGGGUUUAGUUGUUCAAGAGAACCUCGGGCAUAUUCAACCCCUAAAAUGUCUUCAGAUAAACAGGAUAUAGCUCGCUCCAAGGCAGCUAAGCUCUUAAAACGCCAUGGCAGUGCAUCCUCUCUCAUGAGUGGUAGUGAUUUUGGCACCAGGUUCAAACCCGCUGGAUCUAUCAGUACAGUAUCAUUCAUUGAUGAGCCUCACGAUGGCUCCAGGCAUGGACCAGUAAAACUAGAGCCUACAUACCAACUAGGACCAGUCAAGAAGUUUCCUGUUAGGGCGGUCCAGGGCAUGCUCAGGGAGACCUUGGAGGGUUACUUGCAGGAUAAGAGAUACGAGCCAGAGUGGUGUAAAAAGAUGACCAAGACUAUUUCAGAUGACUUGAAAGCCCAAGUGAAGGACCUGAUGCUGCCUCGUUACAAGAUCAUUGUCUUAGUUCACAUUGGACAGCUGAAAGACCAGGGAUUAAGGGUCAGUAGCCGUUGCCUGUGGGACGCAUCCAAUGAUACAUCUGCAUCUUUUGAGUUCAGAAAUAGCACUCUAUUUGCCUCAGCGAUGGUUUAUGGUGUAUACUAUGAGUAAGUAACUAUAUUAUCGGGGUCCACGGAACUGUUUUUUAAUACACAUUCAUUGAAAAAGUGUGGGGGAGGGGUUCAAGCCCUCCUGGAUCUGCUGCUCCUGUGUAUUGUGUCAAUGCAAUUCCCUUUUUUACAGAAAAGUGUGAUGUUUGAUUCACUGGCUCGUAGACAUGGCUUAAUCCCUUGAACAUAAUUACACCUUGUUUUCUCAAGCUUUAUGGUCCAAAGGAACAAGUGUUAUUCUAUGACCAACCUCAUUAUCAUGUGUUACGACUUUUAUAUGAUCACUGCAAGACGAAGAACCCUACUCCCAUCCCACUCCUCCUCCUCAAUAUCUCUGCUUCUUUUAAAAUGUACUUGUAUUGAGGGAAGGUCUUGUUGGGUCCAUAUACUGCAGUAAAAUAGUGCACAAUUUCUGAAAGGUCUUCAGAAGGGGGCACACCAUGUGGCAGUAGAUUUUGUUUAACUGGUUUCGAUUGGUCUAUUACUCUGAGACACUGCCAUUUAGAUGGGUAGAGAUAAUACGUACAUCUGUCAUCAUAAUAACCUGAACCGGCAAUUGGUCUAAGCCCCAUCAUGUUACCAAAGACAGUUCCAACCACUGUAUCGAAAUUGGGAAAAUGCCUGGAAUAGUACCCUGAGCCAUAAAUAGUUCAAAAACUAUCUGCGGCUUGAUGGGCGGGGUUUAGAUAAAUUGCAUGGAGUGCAUGUACACUCAGUGAGCAAUCACCUUUUCCAAAGAAAAUUCAUUCAAAGGCUGGGAUUCUUGUUAUUUAUUAAUUUACAUGUCCUAUCUGCUGUAUUUCAUGAUAAUACCGAUGAUGGAUAUAAACAAAAUAUAUACAGUAAUCUAUCAGUGGUUUUGUGAAACUAUGGUCCCCUAUCUUAGUGACAUGAUUGCAACUAUUUUCCUUCAGGGCUGCGCCCCUCGAAAUGGUUGCAUUCCGUCGUCACAUCGGCAAUCAUGGUUCCAACCACCUCCUCUAACAGCUGCACACAGUUGUUCACUAUCAACUACCUUGUGUUAAACUGGGCUAAAAGUGUUUUGGAGUAUCCUAUUAAAGAGCCCUGCAACUGACAAAUCAUGGGGAAAUUAAAUCAAUCCGAAAUUUGCAAAAGGCCAAUUGACUUGCAUAUUAUAAUCUGUCCGUCAUGAGUGCCCGUCAGACUAAUGCGAUAAAAGUUUGGACAGCACAAAUUUGACCAAACUCAUGAUCGUAUUUACUUCGGGUUGUCGCAGUUCUAGUUUCCAACAAUCCCAAUUCCUAGACUCUUAGCAGGUCUCUUGAUUGCUAAACCAAAAUAAAUAACCUUUGUUAAGUUCCAUGUUUCAAAGUGGAAACACGCAGUUUACUUCUGGUUGGUUAGUCUACUAUUAUUGCUCUCCUAUAUUAGACCUCCCAGACAUGCCUGCAUCUAUUACAUUUAACACCAUCCCUUCUCUGUUCUGAGAUUAGCCUUGAUUUCCCCAUGCUUUGUCAAUGGAAGGUUGCUUUAAUGGCUGUAGUCAUGAAGGGGGGGGGGUGGAGAUUAACUGCCUAAACCUAUGAUUAUUCAAGUGACAAGAAAAUAUGAGAAGCAACAAGUCUAUCCAUUUAUUUCCCCUAGAUUUUUUCUCUGGAAGUUAAAUCAAAAGGAUAUUUAAGUCACUACAACCCAUUCUUAUCAAAUUACCCCAUUGCUAUUCCUUAGUAAUUUAUUACAAUGAUAUUUACUGUUUGGUCUAAUGUAAAGAACAUUAAGCUUAUUAUUUGGCAGAGUGGCUGAAAAUAAAAUUCAACAAGUAAAUUACAGUUGUAAGCCAAUAACAAGUUGAAAGUAAAAGAUGCAUUCCCCAGAUAAUAAAUCAAUGAUUUGUUUUUGUUUUUUUAGAGUUUUCCUUCAAAUUAUAUGAUUUUAGAAAACAGGGUGUAAGAAUCUUCUUUGAGUAUUGGAGAAAAUGAAAUGGAUCAUUUUCUGAAGUGUGUAAAUAUAGAUAAUGAAUAAAUAAUUGAUGUUAUUUCAUAUUUUAGUGUAAAUUUAGUGCAUUUAGUGUCAUGAAACUUUGCUUCUUGGUGCAAGAUAUAUUUGUUCCUUUUGGGCUUUGGGUUUAUCGCAUUUUAUAUUCUGUCAUUCUUUAAGGAAAUCCAAGUGCAUAUACUUCUGAAAGUUAAGAUGAUAUAUGUUCCUGGGAGAACAGAAUUGACACCAUUAUCUGAAAUCAUGUCUCAUUUUACAACUUGAAUUUUCAACUCUGUUUUUCACAACUCUUUUCUUGGGAUUUUUCACAACUUUCAUGGAAAUCUUUCUGUACAGCUCAUGUGAGGAAUGACAUAAUUUUUUAAGAAUAAUUACUCAUCAGCAAAGCUCAGGAACAUUUUUCUAUUCAAAAUCAAUAGGAUAUGAGGCAUCAAUGGCGGAUCUAGGAUUUUGAAACGGGGUGCACAAGUAGCAAAUUGAGAAAUAUAGAGGGGUGGAGAUGAUAAUUCAUUUUUCAAAGAUAUAUUCUAUGCCAUACAAAUAUUUAAAAAAAAGAAAAUAUAUUUCUAUGUGUGUUCAAUGAAUAAUUCUCAAAUUAUUGAGGAUUGUGCAUCCUUCAUGCACCCUCUUGGAUCAGCCACUGGGCAUGGAAAUGUGUUGGAGAUCAUGGAGGCAAUUAACCGGUAGACUCCUGAAAUAUGCUAUUCCCCUAUAUUUUGUACAGGGUUUAGCUACUUCCAGUAGGCAACAGGUUAAUUUCUUUAAAAAGAUUAUUAAAGCAAAAUACUCUGCUCAUGGUUGCUUGGGCCAACAUGACUUGUGGCGUAAUAACAGAAUCAUUACAACAUGAAAUAACAGAGUCAUGACAUCAUAAUGAUGUUCAUUGCGAGUUUAUCCACACAAUUUUGUAAGCCUUUUUGAGACAAAAGGCAAAGUGUACAGCAUGCACUUAUUAGCAAAAGUAGUGUGACUUGCAUCUCCAUAUGUUUUAUGAACACUGAAAAAUGUUUGUGAGCUUGGUUGAACCAUAUCUGAAUGAUGUUAUAAUGCUUGUUAUAAAGUGUGUGAUGUAUGAAAACUAAUUUAUGGAAUGUAAAGUUUUGUUAAUUUUAGACUAUCAUGCUUUGUGAAUUUAAUACUGUAUAAACUUUAUGUGUGUAGAUUUAAAAGAUUCAUUAGACAUUUUCUACAAUCAGGUAGACCUAAUAUCCUUUUUGUAUUUAAAUGGUACAACUAUGUGUAGAUCAGAACAAAUCAUGUUAGCUUUAAUUAUGUGGUACUGAAGUAUUCUUGAGUUUAUCUGUGAUUUUUUAAUGCACUCUUGUGCACUGUUUCGUAAAACCUAGAAUGGCAAGUAAUUUUAUACUCCUCUUAUAAUCUCCUGACAUGGCAUGAUUUUAUUGACUGAGAGCAUUUUUUCAAAGAAAUUUUGCAAAUUACACUGACAGUAUUGAUGAAUCAUGACCUGUACUCUGUAUGUUUCAAGGCGAAUGAGGUAUGGAAUUGCUUUCACAAACCAUCAAUUUUUCUGCCAGAAAACCUUUAUAACAACAUCAUUGUCUCUGUUUUGAUUUAAACUCAAACAUUAUAAUCUUUUGCAAAUACAUACUUUGAAGUUAAAUGUAACAGAAUAAAGAUAAAGUAUGGAUGAUGGAAAAGGUCAUGGUCCUGGGAAGCGGGGGUGCUAGGGGUGCUGAUUGAAGCACCCCCAAGAUUUUCUGGGGGUGCUGCCAUGUUGUACACCAUAGGCAGCACCCCCUGAAAAUGUGGUAAAGGUAAGAUAAAGAGCAGAAAUAUAACCAAAAUCACCUUUAUUUUGCAGUGAAAACCUUUUUAUUCUUGUCAAUUUUUUUCCUGGACAAAAAUCACCUUCACUACAUACAUGUAGAGAACCCCCCCCCCCUUUUUUUUUUUUUGCUUGUCAAAUUUAAACCAGCACCCCCUGCUUAAGAAUCAUUCUCAGGGUCCUGGAAAAGGUGCUGUAAUAAUAUGAGUACUUGUAACAAGGGUUAAAUUUCAGAUUGAAACUCUUUAUAUAUAUAUAUGUGGAGGUACAAUUUCAUGAGACUGUCAUAAAUAUCAUGCAAAUUCUAGUACCGUUACAAGUAGUUAGCUCUUGACUUGAUAGUAUGAGACACAUAUUGUUUGUGUCAGUGAAUUAGAUAAUGUAAUUAUAUCAAAGGUCUUUCAAAGUUCAUGACAACUAGUCUAAAGAGAUUGAGGAGUGUCCAGAAUUUUUAUCAUCAUAAUAUAUGGGAUAUAUCUCACUUCAUAAGCAUUGUGUACUUUAAUUUUAGACAUAUCUUAUAAUGGUUUAAGUAUACAGUUUCCACAAUUCUUACAUACAUUUGGGAUUGGCAAUUCCAACUCAAUUCUAUGAUUUCUUAGACUGAAAUUUAAGAUUUAUCCAGAUAUAGUUAACAACAAGUAUAGUGCAUUACUAAGGAUACUGAAAAGAAUGAUAAAAUACUGAAAGUAAACAUAAAAUCAAUAUUUUUUAACAUGUCAGCAUGUAUUCUCACAGGUAUGGAUUUUUGUGUAGAAAAUACAAAAGAGUUUGUAAAAAAUUGACUUAUUUAUAUUUCUGUUCGGCAUAACCAUAACAAUAUGAGCAAUAAUGUACAUGUAUUACAUAUUUACUUUUACUUCCAAAAUAUAUAGAAUACAGAUGAUAAUUAUAUGGUAAUUACUUAUAUGAAUAUAUAGCAUUAUGCAACAUGUUCCUUGGAUCAUAGUAACUGAUCAUCUGAUGAUGUGCAGUGAGGAAAAAGAAAUAACAGACCAUCAUGUGGGAAUAUACUGAUCCUAUCUGACAGACUGUCAAAUGGUAUUUAAUAUUAUAUAUCAUGUUGAUAUAAUUAGCAUCAAUACUUAUCAGUAUUUAGAACAAAUUCAUGAUAUAGAACAUCUUUGUGUCAAAUAUCCUAGUGAAUAGAUUUAUAUGUAAUAGACUAUUUUUCCACCGAAACGUAUUCAUGAAAUUUUCAAAGUCUAUGAAUAUUUAUGAAUUAGAAAUAAUAUACUUGCACUGGCUGUCCAUUUCCCGUCCAGUUGAAUUAAAUUAUGUUGUCCGUCCA